AUCGAUAGAAUCAUCGAUGUGUUUCCAGCUCUAGAGUUGACGUGGUCGCCAAAGACGCAAAUAAUAUUCGCAUAUUUCAUCACGACUAGCUAUUUAUUGUUGCUAUUUAAAAGCAGGCGAGACUGAAUCGAAACCAAAACCGAAAAACGAAUCAAAAAGACAAUUUGCAAGUCAAAUUAAAAUGAGUUUGGUGUGGACUUUGAUCGCCGGCUUUCUCUACGCAGAGAUUGCCUUAGUCCUUCUGCUGGUCCUGCCAGUGGCGAGUCCUUACCGAUGGAACCGGCUCUUCAAGUCGAAGUUCCUAGCGAUGUUAGCCAAACAGGCACACAUAUACUUCUUUCUCAUUAUGGCAUUUUUGGUGAUCUUCUUGCUGGAGGCCAUUCGCGAAAUGAGGAAGUACUCGCACUUUGAGCAGGCCGGGGAGGUGCACCUCAACGUGGAGAUGCAGCACUCGAUGCGCCUCUUCCGUGCCCAGCGCAACUUCUACAUUUCUGGAUUCUCCAUCUUUCUGGUCCUGGUCAUCCGGCGACUGGUGACCUUGGUCUCUGCCCAGGCCAACCUUUUGGCUCAGAGCGAGGCCUCCUUGAAACAGGCUCAGAGCGCCACCGCUGCCGCUCGCUCCCUGAUCGAGAAGGGUAACACCGAGAAGGCCAAGGAGGCUGGCGAGGACACCACCCUGAAUGAGCUCAACAAGCUGCGUGAGCGCGUCCAGGAGCUCACAUCCGAGCUUAACCGCGAGAAGAAGGACAAGGAGGCCGUCAAGUCACAGGCGGAGAGCAUCAACCGCGAGUACGACCGCCUCACCGAGGAGUACAGCAAGCUCCAGAAGCAGAUUACCAUUGGAGGAGCCUCCAAGGGCUCUGGCGACAAGGAUGAUUAAUCGCUAGGACGCUAGGAGCGCCAGUCAACCAACAUUUAAAUAACGAUAAGACUUAUACAUGGCGGUGGGGGCGGCGGCGACAGCAGGCACAUUUAAAAGAUUACAAACGAUUUUAAAUCGAUAAAAGCACACAUCCUAAUCCUCAUACAUAUAUGCACCUAACCAUGAUAACGGAUUGCUUACUGAUAGUAGUUUCCCGUUGCGUUUGUUUCGCCCAAAAAAUUUAUUGUAUUUAAUUUGUACGUCUUAAGUUUUGUUCGCCACUGUAACACUCAAUGCAAAAGCAUCGUGGCUAUUAAACGAAAACAAAAAGUA